AUGGGCGCUGGGAUGGGUAGAAGCGGCACGAGCGGCGGUCUGCUCGAGGCACUUCCCACAGGAACUCCUCUACACGUGGCGAUGCUCGGUCUCGACAGCGCCGGGAAGACGACCGCCCUGUACAGACUGAAAUUUGAUCAGUAUCUUAAUACCGUACCGACUAUUGGUUUUAACUGCGAGAGAAUUCGCGGUGGCAUCGGAAAAGCUAAAGGUGUUAAUUUUCUUGUGUGGGACGUUGGUGGGCAAGAAAAGCUACGGCCGCUGUGGAAAUCUUACACAAGAUGCACCGAUGGUAUUAUUUUUGUCGUUGACUCUUGCGAUAUUGAACGGCUUGAGGAGGCAAAAAUGGAGCUCACCAGAACGGCGAGAAGUCCGGAUAAUGCGGGUGUGCCGAUCUUAAUCCUCGCCAACAAACAAGAUUUGCCUGGUGCGAAAGAAGUUAGUGAACUAGAGAAGCAUCUGGGAGUGUUAGAACUAACCGGAAUGCCAGGUAGCGCUUGUAUUCGUGUGCAACCAGCGUGCGCUAUUACAGGCGAAGGACUUCACGAAGGCUUGGACACACUGUAUCAGCUGAUAUUGAAACGACGCAAAUUGGCCAAACUGAAUCGGAAACGGGCUAGGUAG